AAUCGCUUCCGUAGGUCAAAUGGUGGCUCUGUGGAGAGAUCUGCUCUCAGUAGGCUUAUCUCAGGUAUCAGUAGAUCAUCACUCACUGUGAUGCUUGCUUAAAACAGCGUGGUGCCCGAGUGCUUCAGCUACUCGGGCGCCCGAUAAGCUAUUUUCAGAUGUGUAAAAUGAAUAUCAUCAGAAUCUCGCACGCAGAACCGUUCGUACAUCGUGUUAUACUCAGCGGGAUUGGCGUUGUCGGUGAAGUUCGAGUAGGUGGCUAUGCACAAUUACGUCAUCGAUCAACACUCGCUAGCACGAUCCUGUCACAAUUAGUCCCUACCCCAAGACAUCUUCCCCAUGACCACCACCGACGAACCGACUCCGCGCAUAUCAGCCUCGAAGUCUUUGGCUCAGGACGGCCCGAUGACCUCUGGAGAGGAGGGAUCUACUUCUGGCCUGACGGACUACAUCACACAACCCCUGUCAUUCUUAGGCCUUCGUAAAGCCGCACUGACCAACGCGAACCGGUCCUCGCGCAGCAGCAGCAGACACGACUCCAUCGACGACCGUGACGAAACUUCAAGCGUCGUAUCGUGCUCCACGGAGCUCAGCACGCGCGCCGAAGCCGGGUCGGACCACGCGCCCGACUCGAUCGCGGGCUCGCCGCCGCGUACGUGGCAGUCGCCCCCCGGCACGCCGAUGGAGACCGAUCAUCAACCUCGAGCCGCGCACGCACCCGCUCGCGGGAGGCGAAGCCCAGCAUGGGGUGUGCUGCUCAAUGAGGAGAGCCAAGCGAAGCUGGACGAGGACAGAGCGGAAGGGAGGGCGGAGGGGCCUGCGUAUAAUGAUGUCGCUGUCGAUGCAGAGGAGGACGACUACUCGUCUGAUGAGCAAAUUGGACAGCUUUCGACGGUUAAGCGGGCGAAGCGCAAAGUCAAAAGCAAACUGAUAGGUCUGAAUGGGCGGGAUGACGAAGAAAUGCAGAGCUGA